GUGGCAGUGUAUGACUUCACUCUUUCCGUUAAUGCUCCUCGGGGUGACUUGCCAUCGACUUGGCCAAGCCUUGGACCUGCAGCUUCUGUUGGAUCUGUAAAGGAUGUUGUUGCUCCUCGGCCACCUGCGGUGGCUGUGGCUCUUCCAUCUGUUAGAGUUAAAGCAGUUGUACUUAGAUCACCAUUGGAGUUCUCCUCAAUGGAACUUAAAUUUGCACAACAUUCCAAUGGCACCCAUUUCAAUAUUGCUGAUGAAAGUCUGAAUUCUCAGAACCUUGACCUGAAGAAUAUCUCAAGGCAGCAGCUGACAUGGACAUUGAAUUGUGAUGAUGCAAGCAAAAGUAUGGAAGAUGGUAUUUUUAAAUUUAGUCUGCAGACUGGAUUUCUUGAUCCAGGAGAAAAAAUCAGUAUUCGUGUAUCUUUCUGCCCAUCUUGUCCUGGAACAUACACAUCUGAAAUGUCACUGUACCUAAAUGGUAAUCCAUCAUGUUACAAAAUAAAAUUGUCUGGCAUUGUAAAGUCACCAAAAAUAAAUUUUGAUCCUCCUUUUUUAAUGUUGAUGCCAGUUCCUCUGGAUAUGGAAACUGAAUCAGCCAUCAUUAUCAUUCCACAAGAUUAUUUAAGGCAGUCACGAAUUCAAGUUGAACUUCCAGAGCUUGAACUUGAAGAUGGUGACAGGAUUUACCCUUUUUCUGUACAGUUUCCAGAAGGUCAAAAUAUUGUUCUUUCAUCAGAUGGCACAAAUAAGGAAUUCACUUGUCAUAUCAGCUUCAGGUCAUCUAGGCCCGUGUCACUUUUAGGGAAUAUGUUCUUCAUCGAUGAAGAAGGAAACAGGUUUUUGAUUCAAGUUGCUGCAACAGCAGAGAAUUGCCUUCUUACUUUAUACCCAUAUUUGGCAUUUCAUCGCUCUGAUCAACAAAUUAUCUUGAGAAGCAAUAGCAAAGACCACAGCAGUGGGGAAGUUGUUCUUCAGCCACAUUAUACUUCGCAAUCCCUUUCCUUUAGUACUUCCUCAAGUUCCUUCGAUGCAACUACUGACUCAACCUUUGAAGAUUCUCAGUCAGAAUCAGAUACUACUUUCGAAAGUGAGAGUGAUGAAGAGAUGAGUGAAGAGAGUGAAGCUGACAGUCAAAGUUACAGGAAAGAAAAUAAAUCUGAAUCAUCAUUUUUUCCUGAUGAAGAUAAAGAGGAGUACAUCUUCUUUCAGAAAACCCUAACUGCUGUUAAGAAUUGGUUCACUCUCUUUGGUUGGUCUAAUGGACAAAAUCCCCUUUCAAUACCAUAUUCACUAAGACGUGAUGUGUGUAAAGUCCAGAUGACCUCUUCACAAGAAAAGGCUUUUAAGCAAAACCUUGGCAAAGAUACUAAGACACUGUAUGACAUGUUAUUCCAUCUGAGUGGACAGUUGUUACCAGGCAUUACAUCGAGCCAGUCCUUGCCACUUGAUCCAGUUGAACGAAUGCUACAGCUCCACUCGCAGCACUCUGCAUUGCUUACUUUCCUUAAAAGCCAAGGAGCAUCUCUUCCCCACGUUUUGCCAGAAUUUCUGCUUGAACCUGAUGAUUAUAAGAAAUGGAUUAAAGAGCAAACUGUACUGAAGGGUCACACAGCUGAGUUGGAAAGAGAAGAUGUGGAAAACUCAGACAUAUUUAGUGACAAGCAUCUAUUCAUUCUGGAGGACAGUAUGUUUGAGACAGUCAGCAAACGAGCUUGGACAGAUGUACUACUGCAGAUAUAUAAGGUUUUUGUUCUUCAACAUCUUUCUCCGUGUAGUAUCACUGAUCUAUUCAGCUUAGAAAGAGCGCAGAACAUGCCAAGAAUAAAAUCAGAACCUUUAUCCAGUAACAUAUAUUCUCCCUAUGAACGAACCAUCCUCACCUGGUUGAAUGAGAAUUAUGAGAAGAAUCGAAAAACUGUGUGGAAAGAUUGUCAAAAAGGUGAAGUACCACCAAUGAGAUGGAUAGUAAAUUUUGACCGAGAUCUUCUAGACGGUCUGGUAUUGGCAGCACAAGUGGCAGCUUAUUGUCCAUAUUUGAUUUCUACUCACUUUGUAAGGAUGUAUACUACUCCAAGCACUCCUGAAGAGUUUCUGCACAACUGCUUGAUACUUGUGAAUGCUAUGCAUGCUGUCAGUCUGGCUAUAGACAUUAAG